AUUCCAUCGAUCUACGCCCCUGCCUGCCUGUGCCUAUUCCAUCCUCAAACAAUCCCUAAUCCACCACGGGACACGAUUCAGCACCAGCCAUGCCAAGCACUGCCGCUGAAACAGCCUUGUCCACACCGGAGCUCUUGGAAGCCAUCCUCCUGGAGCUAGACAUGGCCACCCUUCUAGUUUCAGCUCAGCGUGUGGAUCGAUAUUGGUUUGGCCUCAUAUCUGCUUCUAUCCGGCUACAACAGGCCUUAUAUUUCAAGCCAGUUCCAUCCUAUAGCAAACCACCAUCUGCGUAUAUAACUAAAGAUGAUCGUUGGUUGAAGAAUGGACCUUGGAUGAAGGAUAACCCUUGGUUUCUCGAUUGGUUUCACAGCCGUGAAAGCCAGAACGAGCUUAUGGCCUUUCUCAACCCUUUGCUUUUCAAACAUUUUGGCUCUCUCUUCUUCGAUAUAAGUUGUUGGAGCAAAUUCUGUAAGCCCUAUCAGUUUGCCAUGGAUAUGCCAUGGUGGGCGGACGAUCACGGUAGUAGCCAAAGCUGCGACGAGCUGAACUUGCCAGUCGAGCUUUUGCCACGGCAGAAGGCUUUCACUCGAUCCGGCGCCAGCUGGCGCCGGAUGUUGGUGUCUCAACCGGCCCCUCUAGCACUAGGGUAUGUGUGGUAUGAAUCUUCAGAUCACAACGAAGUUGUUUCGAAAGGAAUUAUGGAUGAAAACCCUUCUCAAUCCACACCGCUUCCGAUGUCCCAAACCGGUCUUUAUAUGGGUCUCUUAUACGAUAUGAUUCAACAUUAUGCUGGACGUGGUGAAUAUGACAGGGCCCUGUUCCGAGUUGUCUGGGGCCACCCAUGGCAGCAUCGUACUCUUGUUAUUCAACAGGAUGUGGAUCGUACAUCUAAUGAACUACUCGAGGAAGUAGGCAUAAUUGUUCAAUUCGUUCGCUUUCAGGCCGAUUAUAUGCCCAGAAAGCCUCUCGAUGUGGUAGCCUGGGACUCUGCGUUUAGAAGUGAAGACUUUAAACUCCCCGAGUACAAGCCUGUUGAGGUUUUCAGAGGUGCUAUUACAGGCGGUUAAAAGGGGCACAUUCAAAGUUUAAUGCUAUGAAUCCCAGGUGUAACUCCAGAUCACCAUCUAGUUAGUCUUCCCAUCCUGUCUGUAUCGUCGCACAAAAUCGCCUCUUUUCCUCGGUCUUUCUUGGGCGAAUAGCUUGUUGUUCC